CGCCAUUGUUUUUUUCUCAAUUCAAGGUAAGGCCUCAUUUUUCAACUACAAAUUGAAUUUAAUUUUGUUGUUAGUUCUUAACGAAUGGAUGCGUAUGCUUGCUGAAAAUAAACACGCUUUUAAGCAUUCACGAAAGCUUUGUACACUUCUUAAUAGAGGAACUUUAAUUGUGUUGCGACUUCAAACAAAACAAACCCGUAUUUGUUCGCACAAUAUGUGGCAGGGUUUAUGCUAACGUUAGUCCUACACUUUUGUGUUGUUUUUUGAUAUGCAACUCACGAGCGAAAUCUCAACGAUGGACGAAGUUCCUUCAAUUUUGUCGCGAAUGUUUUGCUCGACCUUGCGUUGAUUCAGUAUUACAGAGAAAGUAAUGUGGUGUUACUGAGGCUUUCGAAGGCUUAUUUUCACGACAAGUAAUCGGUUAGGUUAUACAGAGACGGCUGGAGAUGUAUUAUACAGCUACGCUUAGGUUUUCAUGUGGCAUGUACUCUCAAACUUAAGGGUAAUUAACAUUUCAUGUCUUCUUACUUAAAAGAUUGGUGUCAAGGGGAUUCAAUGCUGUCAAUAUAAUAAAAUCAUCAAGCGAAGGUAUUUUAACGGUCUUGAUGUACCGGUAAAUUCUCAGAACGAACAUUGAGAUAAAUUUAUGGAAGUGAAAAGGAGAUUUCACAGUCAAACUUCUUAUUGAAGUACUUUUAAGCCCUUAAAGUUAAUCGAAAAUUGGCAGGAGAAGAAAUUUUGAAUAUAUUUCCGGUAUUUUUGUUGUGCUACUAUUGGUCCUCAGUGGCGGAUCAAGGGGAGGGACCCGGGGACCCGGGCCCCCCUUAUUUUGGGUGAAAAAAGAAGAAAUGACUGAAGGAAGAAAAGCCGGCAGGGCAAGUAAAACUAAACCGGGCCCUCCCCUUAGCUCAAAGUCUGGAUCCGCCACUGGUGUUUGUACUAUGCUGUUAACUAAACCUAUUGCUUCUUGUAGGUCUUAACUGUUUUUGCUGGUCAGGAAAUCAACAAAAAUGAAAAAAACACUCUCCAAAAUGGUGCAGUUGAGAAGCCUUCUGUUAAUAGUUUUGGUCUCUCCAAUAGCUGGGCAGGUCACUCUACCAUCACUUUAUAUGCCUUUGAGGCGUGUCUUUCCAGAUGACUUUGGAACGUCAGCUAAACAUCAGGAAGUCACUCCUGAACACGUAAGGAUUCAUAGUAGUUGGUCGUUGGAAAAGGUAUACUCUGAAAAUUUGCUAGACAUCUUCGAUGAAUUAGCAGAUAUUGGUUUUUAUAAAUCGCAGUUUACUGCCGCAAAUCUAGAGGACUUGGACUAUCAAUGGUCCUACGAGAUACCACGUGAAGACCUCAACAGCUCUUUUUCCCAACAACUCAAUGUGUCCACACCAGCGGAUAUCCAGGAGCAACUCCUAAAAUUCACCGGUGAAAAAUUCCAUUUUACUGCUAAUAACGUCGCAUCAAGACUGGGAAUUCCAGCUAUCAAUCUUUCCCACUCCUACGAUCCAGGCGACUGGGAGACUGUUGUGCAUGCGAUGAUUGAGGAGAGCACUCUUGCAUUCAGAAAAAUGCUCCAACUCCCUUCGUUGGAUUCUUUAACACAACUGGUGCAGGUAGAGACCCAGGAACUUCUUAAUGUCAACCUCCGCACUUUCGAGGGCCUAGUAUUUCCUUUCCCUCCUAAGAAAUACAAUCUCGACACAAACAAAACUUCUAUCAUUUUUAAUUCAUCUGGUGUCGCAGAGGAUUCUUAUGGAGACAGUACGCUAGCAAGAGUCUUAGAAAAUGCAGAAAUUAAACUUUCUCUUCAGCAAUUUGCCAUUUUGUACAACAAAAGUGACGAACAAUCGGUCGCAAACCGGCAGCAGAAGUUGGUUUCUAGAAGUGUUGCUGUUCCUUUAUUUUUCGGUAAAGUUCAGUUUAAAUCAGUGGUUCGUAGACAGUACAGUAUUCCUGGUACCUUUCUUAUAAAAAAAGUAGUUGUGCUGCUGUUGUCUGAUGAACUGAUCCUAUUGCUUCUUGCAGGUCCUAACUGUUUUUCGUCGAAGUCAACAAGAAUCUCGAAAGCGUUUUCGAAAAUGGCGCAAUCGAGAGGCCUACUCCUGUUAAUAGUUUUGGUGUCUCCAACAACUGGGCAGUUUUCUCUACCAUUUCUUUACAUGCCCUUAAAGCGUCUCUUUCCACUCGACCUUGCAGAUGGGGCGAAAUAUGAGAAAGUCACCACUGAACACACAAGGGUUCUUAGUGGUUGGUCUUUGGAAAAAGCAUACUCUGAAACUAUGGCAAAUAUUUUCAAUCAAUUACGAUUUACUGCUUUUCCUACAUUGGAUUUCACUGACGCAGAUCUGGUAGACUUAAACUAUCAAUGGUCUUAUGAGAUUCCGUCUGAUAAUGUCAACAGCUCUUUUGAAGCCCAGCGCAACGUUUUGACACCAGCGGAUUACCAGGAGGAACUUUUAAAGCUCACCGGUGAAAAAUUCCACUUCACUGUAAAUAAGGUCGCAUCAAGACUGGGAAUUCCGGCCACCAAUCUUUCCAAUUCCUACGACCCAGGCGACUGGGAGACUGUUGUUCAUGCGAUGAUUGAGGAGAGCACUCCGGCAUUCAGAAAAAUGCUUCAGCUUCCCUCGUUGGAUUCCUUGGCACAACUGGUGCAGAAAGAGACCCAGGAACUUCUUAAUGUCAGCCUCAGCACUUUCGAGGGCCUAGUAUUUCCUUUCCUUCAGAAAAAAUAUAUUCUCGACACAAACAAAACAUCCCUGAUUUUUAAUUCAUCCGGUGUCGCAGACGAUUCCUAUGCCGACAGUACGCUAACAAGAGCCUUAGAAAAUGCAGAAAUUAAUCUUUCUCUUCAGCAAUUUGCCAUUUUGUACAACAAAAGUGACGAACAAGCCAAGACAAUCGAUCGAACGACGUUGAAUCAGAUUUAUCAUAUAUGUGACAUUCCAGUCGAAAGUAUCUUAAACAUGACUCUGCCCGAGGCGUCUGGAAAAGUUGUUGGAUCAGUAAACCAAUUGCCACCGUGCCCAGUGUUGAUAAACAUUAAGGGAAAACCUGUUUCGUCUUUUCAAAGCGACUCUGUGGUGAUCACUGAAGAUAUGACUGUGUUGGAAAUUAUUUUCGCGGUGAGCAGCCUUCCAUGGCGUACAGUCCAUUGGGCUUUAGAUGCCUCAUUGUCUGAAUGGGAAUAUUUGGACGCUGUUACAUUACCACAACUUGCUGAAAUUGCUGGACAUGAAGUAGAAAGUUUGCGUAACGAGUCCGUGAGCGAGUCAGUCAAAGUUAUCUUUUCCCUCAGGGAAAAUAACACUCUAGACAACAAAACGGAGACCUAUCGUGUGUUCAUUAAAGGUGUACUAAAGGAGGCAUUCAAUUUGUCACUAAAUGAAGUGGCCAUUUUGAACGAAGUACCUGAAGGCUCACUUCAAAAUGUCUCGUCGACUGUUUUGUUCAGAAGCUUUCUUAAUGCCACUGUCAUCCACUUCAAACUAAAUUUAAGUGAAAUCAUUACUGCUGCACAGAUGACUGAGGAACAAUUGUUCAGCUUACCAAGACAAGAAUGGAAUAACACGAUAUCUGUCAUCGUUGAUGCUAUGGUAACGAUGGAGGCCGCCAAGCUACAAAUGCCCACCCAAAAAUUGCUUCAGUUGUUAAAUGUUACCUCUGAUGAGUUGUCUAUCACUCAGUUGAAGGAGUGGGCUGUAAACGCCUCAUUAGUCGACUGGCCUGUCCUUGGUGCAGUAUCCCUGAAUGAUAUAGCUAACCUAACCUCAGAAACUGCAGACAGCAAAAAGCUUGUCAAAUCCUUCAGAGAGGUAAUAACAAAGCUAUUAGACCUUCCAAGGAAUUCGCCAGCGUUUAUAUCACUUUUAAAUGACUAUAGCUCCGAACUCGUAAACAAAGCAUCCAGUCUUUUUAACGUCAACGCAUCCCUGAUCUGCGAUGACUGUAACAUUCUGGACAUUCUGUGGAAUUCACUCACGCAGCUCAAUUCCCAAAUCGAUUUUGACCCCAAUAUGCUUCCCAGUGAAUUUAAUGUCUCUCCUUUCGAGUUUAACCUAACUCUUCCAUCACGGUGGUCUUUAUUGGUGCUUCCAAUAGUUAGCGACGCCUAUUCAAAAGCUGCCGGAGCCCUUGGCAUGGACCCUGAUCGUUUGUCGACUCUCUUAGAUGUCUCAGCUGAGGUUAUAGGAAACAUUUCUUUGCAAGGUUUCCAAGAUCUUCUAGAACGCUCUAUUAGGCCGUUAAUCGAUGCCAAGACUUCUUUGAUGAGUUCGUCUCUACAGGACCUUGCCACUGCCAAAGGGACAAAUUUGACAGUGCUGCAAAACGAAAGCAUAUUUGAUGUCAUUGACUUACUUCUUAGUGUUCCUAUACAGAAUGUUACCUUUAUCUUCAACUGGACAGCACAGCAACAAACCAAGCUCAAGAACUAUACUGUGGAUGACAUGCUUUACUACAGGGGAGGAAGAUUACAGGGCCUCGGUGAUGAAACCCUUUUCACUUUGGCGAAUUUUAACGAGUGCGAGACUCACCAAGAUGACUGCGGUCAACAUGCGACUUGCGUGAAUACAGAAGGGUCAUUUGACUGUGAAUGUGACGAUGGAUACGAUGGCGAUGGUCGUUCAUGCGAAGCCGGAUUUUUGAAAACCAUGUGGUGGACGGUCAUCGUAGCCGCCUUCCUUCUUCUGAUAGUCGUCAUCAUAGUUGUGGUUUUGGUUAUAAAGAGACCCAAACCUUCUGGAAGGUAUGGCCUAGAUACAGAUGAUUCACUACAGCCCAAAGAGCCAAACAGACGGAACAGUGAAGCCAGCAGGAUAUCGCAUCCACAAAGUGGCGAUGUUUACUACAGGGAAAAGAACGGCGUGUCGAGGCCAGGGACAGCGCAGGGCCCCCAAGACCAGGAGACAGGGCGACCCCAUCCCCCGCAUUUUGUUGAUGACGAAGACUUUGAGCCAAGCGGCAGUAUGAGGGCUAAGACUCCAUUUGAAUUGGCGGUCGAGAAGAACGCUAGAAAUGGUAACGCGUAUGAAAUGGUUGAGAGCAGCAAGCAGUUUCAUUUGUCUGAAUUGCCUUCAGGCGCGAGCGGAGAGGUCAAUUCCGCGUUUAAGAAUUAGAACUAAGAGUUAAAACAGAGUGCCAAAGAGCGAUAAAAAGACAACCCAAGUAGGGGUCCCUGUCUUGUGUUCGAGCGAGUGCUCAUCGUCGCUUCGGACACCGGUUUCUGAACGACCGAAGGAAAUUGCCGGCAGAGAUUGAAAUCUUAGGUCUUGCCCUUAGUCUGCAUCUGUAUCUUAUAUCAGUCGAACAUAAUCAAAGGGUUGCGAGAUUAAACUAAAAUGUUGCAAAUGCAUCAAUGUUAAUAAUUUGUAAACAAAGAUCGUUCCCACUGACUUUCAAGAGGUAAAAUUCGCCAUUUCAAUAUUUACCUCCAAUUUAAAUUUCUUUGACCCCGGAAAUCGGGAAUUUCCCGAAACAAUGUACUGUGCACUAUCUUUUCCUCGGAUUCAAACUGAAUAGUUCUACCUUCAAUAGUUCCAGUAGGCAAAUGGGGAAGAAAGAACCGUUUCUUUGGAAAGAAAGUAAAGCUUUGUAAAGAAAGUUUGAAUUGCCCAUUUCACGAGUUCGCGUUUUUGUGCGGUGUUACUGUUUUUGCCCGAAUUGCACUCCGGGUAGCUUGCUGAGUAGUGCGGAUUCUUCUCUAGGAUGACGUUAAGAUAACAGUUUUCGUAAAAUUGAAUUGCCCUUGCUAAAUUUAGACACCGACUUCUGACAAGAACUCAUGAAAUUUGCGUGCUCUGUAAAAAGUAAAACUUCAGGCUGGUCUCUCUAUAACCAGUAAAAAUUAAACACAGGAAACCAAUAAUUUUCCACAGUGAGAUAUUUACAGGGUAUAAAUAAUAUUUGUUACUUGUAACUACUAACAUUGUUACUUAAAAUCAAGAAAUGGUGAAGGGUCGCACAUUAGAUAAUUUAGAUAAAACGAUCAACCGUGUGAAGUUAUAACCUUGACAUAUCAAAGAGUAGUGGAAAAACUUUGUGGAAAAUUUCAGAAAAUUGUAUAUAAUGCAAUCUCCAAGUGUGAAUUAAGUAGCUAUAUCCUCCCAAUACACGGGCCAUGGAUAUUCUUUUACAAUAAACGCCACAAAACCAUUAAAACAACUCCUUCAUUUUAUUAAGACCCUUAAAAUUGGACAGUUUUAAUUGCCAUGAAAUUAGAAGAUGGAUAUGGUGGUGAAAGAGGUUGCUGAUCAUUCUAACUGCGCGGAGUGUCUGGUUGACACGCAAGAGUUCACGCGAGAAAUACACUUCAACCCCUGUUUAACGGUCACCCUCGGGGAAAUGGAGUACAAACGGCGGUUAAAUUUGAAUAACCCAUAUUUAUACACCUUAGCCUCACAUUCAUGUGAAAACGCUUUGUUUAGAAACAUGAAUGCGACGCUAAGGAUGUAUAAGUAUUGCUAUUUAUAUUUAGGUACCAUUUAUGCAAAGGGUCAAAUGAAAAGCCCUCAUCGGGACUUUGUUUACUGGCCACCAAACAGGGGUGUCCGUUUAAUAGGUGGUCGUUUAGGUUGCCACUCAUUGGUAGUCGGCUAUCUAUUUCGUUCCCCAACUACUAAUACGAUUUGAACAGAAAACAGAAUUGAACGAACAAUUGUUACUUACAUUUCUGAAGUGAAACCAUCAGAAUUACCCCAUUUCACAAAAGAGUAAACAGCUUAUUAAUUCUACGCUCUGCAUUGAAGCUGAACAUGGAAGCUCCAUUAACACCUUGCAAAAUUAAGACUUACACGUAGUUUCUGGCAUUAAAUUUUUACCAUUUCAUUAGCUAAACAAGCUCAGUCGGUGUGAAAGGUAUUGCUUACAGCAGCAAUGUUAGGAUAAAUAUCACCAAUUUUACCAUGUACAAACCUAUCCUUAAUUCUAAAGGAAACUCCAAAAAGAGCAGUAUAUCACUAAAGAGGUGACAAUAGACUUAAAAGGAACAUGGCUAUGACUGAGGGAGAUUGAGAUGGAUCGCGAAAAAACGAACUUAAAAAAGUUUGAGCAACGUUUACUUGACGAAGUCACGCAAUGCGUCUCUUGCGUGACUAUCCCUGACGUAGCUCCUUUAGUUUCUGUCCCAAGUGAUUACGAUUCAAUCUCUCUUUAUAAUAAUAAAUGAUUAAAUUGAUUAGAACAAAGAAAAUCGUGAUGGGAAAUCAAAUUCAGCGAGGGGAACGUUUACAGUUAGGAUUGGAAUACUGUACUUUAUCUUCGCGCGAAGGGGGAGUGGGCAUUUAUGUUAUAUUUGGGCAAGAAUAGAACCUUUCCCGCAUUCCAACAAACAAUGGCGCCAAGUCGAGGCCAGGGUGGACAAAAAUACAGCAAAUUUAUGAAAAUGUGCACCCCAACCUAGCUCUGGUACUAUUGUUCGUACGCACUGAAGUGGAAUGCGGGAAAGGUCUAACGUUUUUCUGAUCAAGAAUAGCUUUGCCAUCCUCCACCCUACCCCCGAAAAUCAAGGAUGUAUUGGCCAUCCUUUAUUUGUAACAUAGUUGAACCUCCGCUGAACUCCGGGCUCCCGUGGGCGUUUACUUAUUCAUGGUCCCAGCCACGUACAAAAAUUACCUUUUUAACAUCUCAUAAGAGACACGUCUACUAAGUGAACCCUUUUUUAUGGUCCCGGAUAUAAUUCCACUUACGGGUGAUUCGAUUGCAUGAGAAUUUUCGAGUGUCUUUGGGGUCUUGUCCAACUUGUCCGACCACGAAUAGCAUCAGAGUGAAUUUUGUUUCAGUUAAAAGCUAGAUUUCAAGCUUUCCCCCCUUUAUUAUUAACUAUUUCUGUCAAAUUGUGUAAGACAUUAGCAGUGAAAACCACCUCCAUACAAAAGAUAUUAAAACAACGAUUAACUUUUAAACAUGGAUUAGUGUUCAACAGCUGCUCCGAGCUGUAAUACAUAAUAAAAAUAACACACCCAGCCCUCAGCGAGGAAACGUAUGGGUACAAAAAUGAUAGAGUGUUAAUAUACUCCACUGAAAAAGAGAACAUUUCCCAUUGUGAGCCACAAGUUCCUUAGAUCUUGUGAAGGAGUGUUUAAGUCUUCUUUUAAACAACUCAUAAAUGGUACACACAGCCAAGGACAGACAGGCCGCGCGAGGGGACUGUGAAGAGGAGACAAUUGCGUUCAUUACUGUGUUUGAAUAGACUUUUCUGCAGAACUUGGACCAAACAUUUUAGAGAGUUGCUUGCAUGAUAGUGGACGGAUUGUUGGCGA